AUGGCUAGCGGUCUCAAAGCUGCCACCCGUUAUGGCGCCCAAAGUGUAACUCAAUUGGCCGGCUCCACCUCUUCCCUGCGUUCAACAGUCCAGGCUAAUGGUCUCCGACGAUUUGCCCACCAGACACAAACCUCUCCUACCUCCCUCGCACCCCGUCACCUUCUGUCCAUUGCAGACCUGACUCCGGCCGAGUUCGCGACCCUGGUGCGCAAUGCCAAAUCGCACAAGCAGGCCAUCAAGUCUGGGGCCAUCCCGCAGAGCCUCCUCGGCUCUUUGUCUGGCAAGACCGUUGCCAUGAUGUUCAACAAGCGGAGUACCCGCACCCGUGUCUCAACAGAGGCCGCCGCCGUCCAAAUGGGCGGCCACCCCAUGUUCCUGGGCAAGGAAGAUAUCCAGCUCGGCGUAAAUGAGUCACUAUAUGAUACCUCCGUCGUUAUCUCCUCAAUGGUUUCUUGUAUUGUCGCGCGAGUCGCCAAGCACUCCGACGUUGCCGACCUGGCCAAGCACUCCUCCGUGCCCGUGAUCAAUGCGCUUUGCGACUCGUACCACCCCCUCCAGAUUAUCGCCGACUUUGUGACCAUCUACGAGUCUUUCACCCCCAAGGCUCACGAUGUUUCCAGUUUGGGCCUUGAGGGCCUCAAGAUCGCCUGGGUUGGUGAUGCCAACAACGUUCUCUUCGAUCUGGCUAUCGGUGCUACUAAGAUGGGUGUCGAUGUCUCUGUCGCUACACCCAAGGGCUACGAGAUCCCCGCGGAUAUGCUCAAGGUCAUCCAGAGUGCCGGCGAGGGUGUUGCCACCCCCGGCAAGCUUACUCAGACCAAUGUCCCCGAAGAGGCUGUGAAGGAUGCCGACAUCCUGGUGACUGAUACCUGGGUUUCCAUGGGCCAGGAGGAGGAGGCCAAGAAGCGCAUGAAGGCGUUCGAGGGCUUCCAGAUCACUUCUGAUCUGGCCAAGCGUGGAGGUGCCAAGGAGAACUGGAAGUUCAUGCACUGUCUGCCCCGCCACCCCGAGGAAGUCGACGAUGAGGUCUUCUACAGCUCGCGCUCUCUGGUGUUCCCCGAGGCCGAGAACCGUUUGUGGGCGGCUAUCUCGGCUCUUGAGGGCUUUGUGGUUAACAAGGGCAAAAUUGUGGAGUAA